AUAAGGGAUGCUGGGCUCAGGGACACCGCCACUGGCAUCUGCCCGGGAUUGGUAGGGGACUGGAGCUGGACCACAGGCUCAGGGUACAUCUCCAACAACUCCAGAGAGUGAGAUUGUCUUCUGACUGGGACCCUUGAGAUCAGCCUCCAGGGAACAUGCCUGACACCCCGAUAGAAGACUCUAUCUUCCAUAUCAUCCAUUGCUACCACCUUUAUGCUGCCAGGGAGGGAGAUGUGGACACCUUGAGCCUGGAUGAGCUCAAUGCUCUGCUCACAGAAAACACGCCUCGAUUCAUGAAGGGUCUGGGCCGGACUCAGCCCGAGUAUUUGAAGCAGCUGUUCGAAGUGGCCGACAAGAACAAAGACAACCAGAUCUCCUUUGAUGAAUUUAUCUACAUCGUGGGAAAGUUGAUGAAGGAUUACCACCUGCAGUACCACCGGCAGCUCUGCGCCCACUACUGCCAGGCAAAUGGCCUCUACUGAGGGAUGCAGCAAAUCCUCCUGAGUCCCUCCCUGCCACUAUGGCCCUGGCUUGUGGCUUCCAGGCCAUGGGAGAUGCUGGGAGCCCCACUGGGGUGGACUGACAUGUUUUUAGAGCCGUUGGACCACCUGCAAACUACUUUACUUUCUGAAAAGAGGUUCCCUUCUUGGUAAAAUGGAGAUAAUAAUAGCCGAAGUGCCAGCCUCACAGGAUUGUUAUGAGAAAUUUGUAAUCCUGAGAGGUUGCACGUGUGAGAAUAUUUUUUAGUUAGGGACCAGGCCUGGGCUCAGGGAGAUAUUUCAGCUUGGGAAACAAAAGCCAGCUAAAAAUGGAAUUAGACAUUAUUUUUUUCAGGGAGGUAGGAGUGGGGAUAUAUGGGGGUAGGAGUGGGGAAAGGCUCUGCCACUUGUGGUGGGGCGUCCUUUAACCGCUGGAAGCCUUAGUUUCCUCAUCUGUAAAAUGUCAAUAAUACUUGCACUACCUACCUCACAGGGUUGUUUUGGGGACAGCACUUUGCGUUGUGAGCUCUAGUUAUUUUUAUUACUACACUGGUGUAGGGGGAGUAAAUAAAGUGGCUUCAGGACUAUCUUUGGGGUUCACUACUAAUUGAUCCUGAAAGCUCACCUGUGGGCAGAACCUGGGCCUUGGGGAAGCUGGAGAAGCAGGAUGAAAUAUUUUCUUGGCCUUUGAAAACUCAGUCAGAUGGAGGAAACCUCCCCUCAGGGAGCCUCAGAUGGGGGAGACUUUUUCCUUACCUUGCCAACUCAUAAUGACUUUGCAGCCUCUUGAUAGCCACAGAUUUUUUUAAAUUAAAAAACCAAAUACCUUACCUUCUGUCUUAGAAUCACUGUUGUGUAUUGGUUCCAAGGCAGAAGAGCCAGAUUUGAACCCAAGAUGUCCCAUCUCCAGGCCUGGCUCUCUUGCCACUGAACCACCUAGCUGCCUCCAGUCAUUUUAACUCCAGAUUUCCUGACAGAAGCUCCCAUUGGAGAAACAAAUGACAAACGACUGGGUAUCCUUGCCAAGAAAACCCCCUGGAUGGCCGUGGUCCAUGGCAUCAAGAAGAGUCAGACCUGAUCGGAAAUUGAAGCUGAAAACAAUUGACCUAGAGACAGGUCCUUAGAUGCUGCCU